AUGGGGAGCGCGGCGCUGGACGGCGGCCCGCGGGCGCUGCGGGCGCUCACCGGGUGCCUGCUGGGCGCGCUGGUGCUGGGCACGCUGCUGGGCAACGCGCUCGUGUGCCUCGCCGUCCUGCGCUUCCGCCACCUCCGCAACAAGGUCACCAACUGGUUCGUGCUGUCACUGGCCGUCUCGGACCUCUGCGUGGCCCUCUUGGUGAUGCCCUGGAAGGCGGUCACCGAGGUCGCCGGGGGCUCCUGGCUCUUCGGCAGCCGCUUUUGUGACACCUGGGUGGCCUUCGACAUCAUGUGCUCCACGGCCUCCAUCCUCCACCUCUGCAUCAUCAGCCUGGACCGGUACUGGGCCAUCGCCAGCCCCUUUCGCUACGAGCGCAGGAUGACGCAGCGCCUUGCUUGUGCCAUGAUAGCCGUGGCCUGGGCUCUCUCCAUCCUCAUCUCCUUCAUCCCAGUGCAGCUGCAAUGGCAUAAAGCCAAGGACAGUAGAGAUCCAGGCUCCUGGCUACCCGGGGCACCCCGCUGCGACGUCAGAUUGAACCGCACUUACGCCAUCACCUCCUCCCUUAUCAGCUUCUACAUCCCCGUGGCCAUAAUGAUCAUCACCUAUACCAGGAUCUACAGAAUUGCCCAAGCUCAGAUCCGCCGCAUCUCCACCCUUGAGAGAGCAGGGGGGCAGUGGCCAGCCCCUGGCAAGGAGCCCGCCUCCUCUUUGAGGAGUUCCUUGCACAAGGAGACCAGGGUGCUGCAGACCCUUUCUAUCAUAAUGGGAGUCUUUGUUUGCUGCUGGCUGCCCUUCUUCCUGCUGAACUGUCUGCUGCCCUUCUGCCAGCCCAGCAUCGAGGAAAACCCUGAAGGACAGUCACUCUGUAUUGGCCAAACCACCUUCAACGUCUUUGUGUGGUUUGGCUGGGCCAACUCUUCCGUGAAUCCAGUGAUCUACGCUUUCAACGCAGACUUCAGGAGGGCUUUCAGCAAUCUCUUGGGCUGCCGGUGCUGCUGCUGUGGCACACCCAAAUCCCCUGUGGAGAGGGUCAACUUCAGCAAUGAGCUGGUUUCCUAUCACCUUGAUACCACCUGCCAGAAGGAAGGAGCUGUCCCAUCAUCAGUGCCUCCUGCUGCCAUCACUGCCUGGGUGCAGCCCGUGCCCCAUGCCACAGGCCUCCAGGGAGAGGACGGCAGUGAGGGGAUGUCUAUGGAGAAGAGCAUUGUGACUUCUCAGGCACCGACUGCCCCUGGCAGCAGCCCCAGUAGCUGUCAAGUGCCAAUUAUUCUGCAAUUGGAUUGCAAGGCAAAGCCAUCCCUGGAAACAGUUGCCCCCUGUAUGGGACUUGGUCAAUGUGAGGGACCCCACUGCCUUGUUUCAGAGGGAUGAGUGAUUAAACACUUCUCACACACACAGCCACCACACAGGGAGAGCUCUCCCUGUCUCCAUCUCAG